CACGGUGACGCGCACUGGAGAGCGGCAGUGACACGCGUCCAACGACGCGCCAACAAUAUAAAGAUCACCAAACGUUUGUGGAUCAUCUAAAGCUCCCAGAGGCACAGAAGACAACUGAGAAACGGGGAAAAAGAGCGACCACAAACACGCCGAUAAUGCAUUCUAACCUGGCCACCUGGCUCGGAGCUCUGGGCUUCCUGCUGUGCGCGCUGAUAUGUUUGGGAACUCUGACGGAGGGAUACCCCAUCAAACCCGAGAACCCAGGGGAGGACGCCCCGGCAGAUGAACUGGCCAAGUAUUACUCCGCAUUGAGGCACUAUAUUAACCUCAUCACAAGACAAAGGUACGGGAAGAGGUCUAGUCCUGAGAUUCUGGACACUCUUGUUUCAGAGCUGGUGCUGAAGGAAAGUGCAAACUCUCUUCCACAGAGCAGAUAUGACCCGUCAUUGUGGUAAUGUCUACCCUGUCCCCUCGACCACCCACCUCAGGUGCCAGGUCUGCAACUGCCCCCCCCCCCCCCCCCCCCCCAAACCACCCCAUUAUCUUCCAACAAUAAUCAAACAAUAAUUCCAACAAUGAUUUGUCAUCAGAGGGCAACGCUUGUGCUACAACUGCUCUAUUAAAGUGUGAUUGUUUGAACAUGUGCUUCCAUACUGAUGUCUAUGUAUGUGUUCAUGUGUUUUGGGUCUUCAGUUUGACAUCUCUUCAGCUCUGUGGCGUUUUGAGGCGUUCGAAUAACAACUCGGCGUCGACAUGAAUUCCCCCUUGAGAAUAUGCCGCCAAUUGGAUGUGUAAUGACGCCCUCUAGUGGCUUUUUUAAAAAUGCCAAUCUUUAGAAUAAACCAUCGUGUGUCGUUACUAUGUUAUAAAACUGGAAAAGCCCAAAACAGGAGGCCACUAUAUGAGAUACUUAAGAGAAAUACUUCUUCAUCGUCUGUAUUUACCUGUUCAUCAACAUUAUGCAUUUCAGCCGGUGGUUAAUUGUAAAUAAGGCCUACCAUAGGCCUACAUAUUAUAUCACGACUAUAUUCGAUCACAAAACAUUCCUUGUAAAAUAAAGCAAAACAUUUGUGCAAAUAA